AUGUACUGUACAAAGGAUAAAUGUAUGCCUUGUCCGGAAAAUACGUUUAAGGAAAACGCUGGUUGUAAGCAGUGCACUCCAUGUCCGAAUAAUACAAUAACUGGUCCGAUAAUUGAAGAUAUCGGUUAUCAGAGUAUUUUUGAUUGUUACACAAACUGCACUCCUGGUUAUCAUUACAGCAUUCAAGAAGGAAGCUGUGUUAAAUGUCCGAAAGGAAUGUAUCAAGAUCGACCGGGACAGCUACGAUGCAAUGCCUGUCCAGAAUCUCGCAGCACAUCGAAAAGAGGUUCAGUGCAUGUUUCAAAUUGUACGGUUAUCUGUGGUGCAGGUAUGUCAAUGGGUGCACAUUCUCAAUGCAUUACAUGUGCAAAAGGGAAAUAUCGGCAAGAAAAUUCCACGGAAGCUCGUUGCACUCCAUGUCCUGACUACUUUACCACCCCUGAUAAUGGAAGCAUUAGUCAAAGCAAUUGCACUGUGCUCGAUUGUCCUCCAGGAACGUAUAUUAACUUGUCAUCGCCAUCAGAAUGUUUCUUUUGUCCUCGAAAUUAUUAUCAAGAAAGGUCAAAUCAGACCGAAUGUCGGCAAUGUGUGAAGCCUCUUAUUACCCUGGGAACGGGUUCUGUACAUCCUCGACAGUGUAUGAAGCCAUUGUUCUGGGACCCUUUGGUUUCAGAUGUUGAUGUCAGUAAGCACUUUAGUUCGAGUGUAUGGCCAAAUUUUGGAUUUGUUGGUAUUAUUGGUGCCAUCGCAUUUCUUGCUCUACUUUAUUUUCAGAGACGGAGGAUACGAUCAUUAUUUUGCAAGAUAAGGAGAACAGAGAUAAAACACAUCGCCACACUGAAUUAUUAUCGCGAUUCUUCUUUUACUUAUCCAAUUGUUACCGUAACACCAACAAGCAUUGGUACUACACCAGACUUCACCGAAGACAGAGUUCCAAAGAAUCCCGAACCACAAGAAGUGGUGGAAAUUUAUCAAGAAAUUUAUGAUGGAUUACAUAGUAUGGCAGAGGGAACAUCGCACAUGUCAAACAGUGAACUGAUUUCGAGCCAGUGCUUCAAACCCAUUCCAAGAACUCGUCUUAAGGUGGACACCACAUUAAGGGCUGAGUUUUGUGGUGAUCCGAAGGCGUUGGGAAUGGACUCAUCCGGUUUUCCCAUUGAUUCAGCUGACUAUGAAAAUGCCGACCAGUGUAACUCGAUGGAUCCAAGGAGUUUUGGACAAAAUUCUCAAACCUCAGAUGACGAAAAUCAAAUCUUGAGCUUUAAACGACGACUUCAUGCUUACCGAAAUUGGAAUCUACGAAUACCUUUAGACGAUGUGUACGUGGAGCCUACUGAGUACAAAUUAUUCCUGUCAGAAGCGAGCGACAUUUUGUAUGAGGAAAAUAAUAAAGAGAAUAAAGAUGAAGAAAGCGAUGAUGAGGACUACUUUGGAUAGCCAUCCAAAAUACUAUUUCAUUAUCGAAAUUAAUCUUUGAAUUCAAAAC